AUGGAGGCAGGAGAUGGGGCUGUGCUGUGCAGCAUCUCUCAGCGUCCGGCUGUCCCACAGCAGUGGCAGCUGGAAGGCAGCCCGGUCCUGAAGGACAUCACCCAGCUACAGGAGCGCAGGGACAGAGGGCGGCGGCGCCAGAGGGAUCCCGGGGAUGAGGAGGGCUUUGUCCCCAAGAAGCUGCAGAGGCUGGGCCAGCGGAGCCGGCUGCCCGCCGGCCAUGGGGCUGCCAGGAGGGACUCCCUUGCCAAAAGCCCCUGCGGUGCACCAGAGCUGCUGUCCCCCCAGCUGCUGCCCUGGCAGAGUGAUGCCACUGUGCCCCAGGGGAUGCAGAAGCUUGUGAGCACACCAGGGAUGAAGAAGGAGAAAGCAAAGCUGCGUCUGGGGAAGCACAUCCUGUGCCAGCAGCUCUUCUACUCGCCCUCGGAGCCCUGCAGUGCCCCUAGACCCAUCGUGAAGAGGAGACAGCCCUUGGACAGGGACACUCCUGUCAAGGCCAAGCAGCAGAAGAGGGUGGCUGGCAGCCCUAAGCAGGUGGCAUUGGUGGAGCUGGUUUCUGCCCAGCUGGAGAAGAUCGAGAACCUGCUGGCCAACGAUGACCAGGAGCUCAUUGGGGACUUCUCCAAGCCUUACCUCCUACCGACGGUGGAGGGGAAGGACCCAGGUCUGAAGUACAUCUCUCCUGACACGCUGGUGGCGGUGCUGACGGGGCAGUUCUGCAGCUCCAUCCAGAGCAGCAUCAUUGUGGAUUGCCGCUACCCCUACGAGUACGAGGGGGGUCACAUCAAGGGUGCUGUCAACCUGCCGCUGCAGCGGGACGUGGAGGAAUUCCUGCUGGCGCAGCCCAUCGUGCCCCUGGACACCAGCAAGAGGGUGAUCAUCAUCUUCCACUGUGAAUUCUCGGCUGAGCGGGGGCCCAAAAUGUGCAAGUUCCUGCGGGAGAGGGAUCGGUCCUGCCACGAGUACCCCCAGCUGCACUACCCCGAGCUCUACAUCUUGAAGGGGGGGUACCGUGAGUUCUUCUUCCAGUUCUCGAGCCACUGCGAGCCCCAGAGCUAUCGGCCCAUGGAGCACCCGGCCUUCAAGGAGGAGCUGCGCAAGUUCCGUGGGCAGAUCCGACGCGCUCGGCGGGCGCUCCUAAUCCGCUAG